AUGGUGGAAAAAAACGUAAAGUCAAGCUCAAGCAAAUCCGAAGAGGCUGAUGAAUCUGACGAAUCUGACGAAUCUGAUAAAAAUAAUUUAAAAGCAGUCCAAGCACCGGCAGACAGUACGAGUGAAAAGAAUACGGCUGUUAAAGAUACAGUUUCAACUUCAAUACAAAAUGAAGAGAAUUCGCCAAUGAUUGCCGACAGUACAGAUGUGACACCAAUUCCCGAGCAAAUAGAACCUGCGCAAUUGCAAGAUGAUGAUUUAUGCUGGGAUUUUGAGAAGGUUGGCUGCAAAGAGCUGGCCGAUACAUAUGGGCCUUUCUGGGGGAUCUCUUGUGACGGUGAUGAAGAUUGUUCUCAUCCAAAAGUCCAAGAGAGGGGAAAAUGCUGUGAGGUUCCCUGUGAUAAUUUGAAUACAAUAUGCCGGUACGCAGUAGAUGAUCUUGUAGGCCCUUUGGAUCCAGAGUAUCCCUAA